AUGAAGCAAAAGGAGGCCAGUCCCGAGAAGACAGAAGAGACCGGACCAGAGGGAGUCGGAGCAAAAGUUCAGACUCUAAAGAACGUAAGCAGUACAACACACGACACCGCAGCCUCCGACGGAUUUGCUGAAAGAAACAAAACCCCAAAGAAGAACUUCAGUCCGGCCAAGUUCGUCAGUGGGAAAUGCAUCAGGUCACCCGGCUCAGUGCCUACAUUCCCCGACGAAGACUCCAUGUUGAAAACCCUCAGCAGCCUGAAGAGGAUCCCGGACGUCAUCAGUCCUCUCAGGAGUCCUGUCCGGAUCUCCAAGAGGAACCUCCACCAUCCGCAGAAGCCAGGCCAUGUCAAGAGUCUGCAAAAAGAGUUUUCCAAUGCGCCUCCUGACGACGCAUCCAAAAAGGUGGACGUUAACAAAGAGAACAAACAGCCAGGCUCUCCGGCUAAAGCGGCGCCCGUGGCUUUAGCCGAGCCCUCUGAGCCUGAACUGGAAGAAGGGGAAAUCCUGAGUGAAAGUGAAGAAGCUGAAUCUCCUCUUCCUCCUGCCAAAAGACCCAAGUUACCCCGACCUGCGAAAGCCAAGGCCAGCCCAAAGUGUGUCCUAAAACGCAAAAGUGAUUCACCAGACUUCAUACAAAGCCCACCGAAUAAGAGCCGUUUCAAAACUGUUUGUCCAGCUGCGACAAAAGCCACCUUCUCCAGCUCCGACGAGGUCAUGGACACAUUCAAGCUGGUGCGUACCGAGUUUCGCAAAAAGUACAUGAAACUCCACAAAACCUUCCCCAAGAAGAGCUUCUAUGGGGUGAUGGAGAACUUCCAGGAGUCCUUCUUAGAAUUUGUAGAAGGUGCAGAUUUUGUUCAGAUCUGUAGCCUCACCAAAGAGUUAAAAUCUAAGCUCAAGAGGAUCAUUGUGUCUGUUUUCAGUAAAGUCCUGAAUAAUGGGAUUGUGAAGCGCAUUUUUGAGCAGCAAGCCGUGGACCUGAAACAAAAACUCUGGGACUUUGUGGACGUUCAGGUUGACUACUUGUUCAAAGAUGUUCACACGGCUUUGAGAAGUAUGUGUAAUCCUGCGAAGUCCCCAGUAGAGCAUAGACAUUCCAAAGGCAUUGACAAACGCCGUAUAGAGUCCCCAGUAAAACGGAAAGAGCAGACACCUCCCAGUUUCAGCAGUGCCAUUGUGCCGCUCAGAACCGGCCUAGGAAGCAGAGGGAAAGGCAUCCGCAUCGCACUGGAUAAAAGCGACGACUCGGACAAUCAGAGCAGACCCGAACCAAGCGCGGCCAUCAGCCUCGCUCCGAAAACUCCAGAAAAAGGAAACUCAUCCGUAGUGGUGUCGCACAACGCCAGCGCACACGACAAAACUGACUACGAACUUCUCACUGAGCAGCAAGCCAGCAGUCUCACCUUCAACCUGGUGCGCGACUCUCAAAUGGGGGAGAUUUUCAAGUGCCUUCUCCAGGGUUCCGACCUGCUGGACAGCGCCACUCCAGCAGGGGAUCAAAGCACAUGGAUCUUUAAUACUCCGAGGAAAGACGGAGACAGAAUUAUAACCAUCACCACACCUGGUAAGUUCUCUUCUCCUGCUAAGCUUUUGUCCCCGAACAAAUUCGAGAGUCCCUCCAGGUUGAUAACCACAUGGUCCAGUAUUUCUCCGCGUAAAAUCUCCUCACCAAACUCCAAAGUUCUACUUAACCCGGCCUUUUUCGACGAAAGCUGUUUGCUUGAGGUACCGACUGAAAACAGGGUCAUGCAAAGGCCGUAUUCGCUUCUGGCUGAAGAUUUGGCGGUGUCGCUUACAAUUCCUUCCCCCUUGAAGUCUGACAGCCACCUCAGCUUCCUCCAGCCUCCAUCAGUACAGCUCAUGUCCACUCCAGACAGCGUGCUCAGCGCCCACAUCAGCGAAGACGCUCUUUUGGACGAAGCAGACGCCAUGGAGCAUGACAUCCACCUGGCGUUGGACACAGACAACUCCAGCUGUGGUUCCAGCGCCAGCGUGGGUUCCCAAGGAGCGCCUACACAGUUCCUGUUCAAACCGGACCUCCCCAUGCAAGCUCUGGUCAUGGAGCGGUCCAAUGAUCAUUUUAUUGUUAAGAUCAGGCAAGCCUCAAGCGUUAAUAGUACGCUAACGGCAAAUGAUAGCCUCAGUGAAACUCUGACUGAGGAUAACGAGGGCCAAGAAAGUGAGUCCGAGUCCGCCAUGAGUUCAUGCAGUCGUAUACAAAAUAGCCUCCAUACUCUUGUUGAAUUUAAAGCCCAAAUGGAAGACUUGUCGAACCACAAGCAUGAAUCUGACGCAUCUACAUCUCAAGGUUCCCCAAACAGUAUUGCUCAAAGUAAAAGCGGCGAUAAGCGCUCUCUCCCGGCCCGGACAGUUACCAAUCCUGAAUCGCGUUUGAGCCAGGCCUCUACAUCCGAGCGAGACGAGGCUGCUUCCGAGUCCGAGCCCUGUCUCACCAUCGCGGAAGAGUUUGAGUCCACGCCGGAAAAAACGCAAGCUCGCAAAAGCGGAACCAACAAGAAGAGGAAGAGGAACCAGGGUAAAUCCAAAGCGAAGCGGAGAAGACUGGAUGAGGACGCAGCACCGAGGAACAACAGUGAAGCAGCAGGAGAUGGGGCCCUCUCCCCCAACAGUUUGUCUGCCAAAAACGUCAUCAGAAGAAAGGGGGAGGUCGUCAUGGCUUGGACCAGAGACGAAGAUCGAACUAUUCUCCUGGAGUUAAAGACCAAAGGGGCGUCACGAGAGACCUUUUCUUUACUGUCAGAAAAGCUGGACAAGCCCUCUGCAAAGGUCGCAGAACGGUUCCACCAGCUGAUGAAGCUCUUUAAGAAGCAGGACAAGUAA